UGCAGGAUGAAACAUGUGAUCUAGGACCUACCGUUAGAUUGACUUGAUGACUUCCAUACUAAGCCAUAUUUGUGGAUACAGAUUUUUGCAUGUCAAUUCCGUAGGCACAUAACCCUCAUGGAAAUUGUCAGUGGAGUGCCUUUUUCUGAACAAACUAUUGCAGAAGCUGGUAUUGUUAAUGUUCCAUCCCAAUACUUACAACCUCCCGAAAGUCGACCUGGAUCCUGUCAUGAAAGUUCAGAUUCAAGCAUCCCUGUGGUCGAUCUCUUCAACUUCGAGACCAAACAAUCUUGCAAUGUGCAUAAGGAGCUUUCCCGUUCUUGUGGUGAAUGGGGGGCUUUCCAAGUGAUUAAUCAUGGUGUUCCAAAGCGGUUGCUUGACUGCAUGAGGAGUGCAGGACUUUCAUUUUUCAAAGAAUUUUCAGAGGACAAGAGGGAUAAGUACAGAUGUGAUCUAAACUCUGCCGCUUCAGAGGGUUAUGGCAGCAAAAUGUUGAUGAAAGAGGACAGUGUUCUGGACUGGAGGGUUUACUUUGAUCACCAUACGCUACCGUUAUCUCGACGUAAUCCAAUACGGUGGCCAGACUCUCACCCUAAUUACAGAGAAACUGUUGUGGAGUACAGUGAUCACAUGAUGACACUAGCCCAUAAACUCUUGAGUUUGAUCUCUGAAAGUCUUGGUCUGCCAUCCUCAUGUAUGGAAGAGGCAGUGGGGGAAAUCUACCAGAAUAUCACAGUCAGCUUUUAUCCAAGUUGCCCCCAGCCAGAGCUUACACUAGGUUUGCAGGCCCAUUCUGACAUGGGUGCCAUUACCCUUCUGAUACAAGAUGAAGCUGCAGGUCUUCAGGUAUUGAAGGAUGGCCAAUGGUUAACCGUACAACCUUUAUCUGAUGCUAUCGUUGUCCUUUUGGCUGACCAGACAGAGAUUUUGACCAGGUGAGAUGUAUAAAAGGGGAG